CUCACUCCCCUGAGUCCCUAAGGAUGUCACAGGCCGGCAGCCAAUCAGGCGGGAGCUGUGUGUAUAUAAGGGGCAGGGGAUUGGGAUGGAGCAGCAAUCAGAUUGUUCUGUGUAGGGAUUCACAGGCACCUAAAGGGAGAAGAGAUCUGAGAUUUGGUGCCCCAGCAUUCAGUGAGAUGGAUCCCAGCAUCUACUACUGCCCAGAGCUUGCCCCGCAGGAGGUCCCAAGCCUGGAGGGGAGAUCAGAAGAUUUAUUGUAUGACGACACUGGCUUUCUCCCUGACUCUGACCUGAGUGGCUUUCAGCUGAGUGCAGGGAAGGGACUGUACCCCAACCCAGAGAGCCUGAGACCCGCCGGGGGUCCGAACAGCAGCACCCCCUCCUCCGAGCCCUUCCCAGAACCAUCUCUGUAUUACUGGGAGCACUACGCCACAGGUGCAAGCGGCCUGCCGACUCCCGGGAACUCCCUGCCCUGUGAAUACCUGCCCUCUUUCCAGACGUUGCUCCCGGCGCUCACAGAGCAAAUGCAGAGCCAGCCAGGGCAGCAGGACAUGACGCCCCCUACUGGGGACUUGCUGUACCACACCCAGCACCCCUCUCCCUUUGAGGCAAUGGAAGAAAGCUACUCGCAGGGCGCGGGUGCCGGCACGGUCGGCGACCAGAGUUUCUCGUGGGCAUCGCAGGAAUGGCACAGCUGGGACGAAGCUGCCUGGAUGGGCUGCAACUCCUUUGAGACCCCGGUUCCCCCCUCCUCCAAUGUGAAUCCAGGAAGCCAAUGUUCCGCCGCAAACAGAGCUCCCCCUGCAGCUUUUCCCCUAAAUGACUCUACUCACUACGAAGCCCUCAGCCUGGGCCGUCACCGAUCCGGUACAGAAAAUGAAAGAUACCAUCACCCCUACAGUCAGAGCCCUGCCCGGAAUAAGGACAAGAAGCCACCCCCAACAGCAAGUUCUGGCCCGAUUCAACUCUGGCAGUUCCUCCUGGAAUUACUGCAAGAUUCCUCCUGUCAGAAGCUUAUCAGUUGGACGGGGAACGGCUGGGAGUUUAAACUAUCUGACCCCAACGAGGUGGCCAGGCGAUGGGGCAGACGGAAGAACAAGCCGCGGAUGAACUACGAGAAGCUGAGCCGGGGGCUGCGCUACUAUUACCACAAGAACAUCAUACAUAAGACUGGAGGGCAGCGAUACGUGUACAGAUUCGUGUGCGACUUGCAGGACCUGCUUUCCCGACCCACACAGGCAUCACAGCCGCCCAGCAAAACCCACAGAGCGAGGAUCCAAUAACCGUGCAACGGACCUGCAGCCGGGCUAAUGCCCCAUUAUGGACUUCUGUAAAUGGAGCCCAGGGCUCUGCACAAUAUAUGGGGGGUAAAUGGAGUCUUAAAUCAGUUAUGCACUAUAUGGGAAUAUCUGCUGCUGAACUAUAGCCUUAGACUACUGGGGACAGGGGUACAAGCAGACUGACCGCAAUAGGCCCCGCCCACUCUACAGCAGUUGGACACUAUUGAGCCCCUUGUAUAUUCUCCAGCAUCAAUGAGAACAGGGGGUUAGAAUUCAGCAACAACUGGAGGCUGCCUGAUAAAGCACUGAGUAGAAACAUAGUGAUUGGCUUCCUUUUCUAGGUUCUGUGCCCGCCCAUUGGUCCAGCCCUAAGGAAGUGGGUGGGGCACACUGGCCGAAGAGCCCGUUACAGCCCCCGCCUUGUCUUUAUAAGAUGCUCUUUCUCAGGUACAAAUCUACCCGGUGAUUUUGUGUUUUGUAAAUAGACAGAUGUAUUCUUAUAUUUGUAUUUUCCUAUUAAUAAAUAUUUUUAUUUACUGAGAAA